GUUUGCUAAUUUUUCUAGCCUAUUUCUUGUCUUCAAACUUUAUGUUUAACUUGGGCUUUGUUCCCCAGGUGGAAGUGGAGGAAGCUUUUUUUGUGUUGAUGUUUUCAGAUCUAUUUCUGGGAUUCUAUAAGUUUUUGGUACUUACUGUUGGUGUUAUUCUGGAGGAGAUAUAAUUGCUGCUCUCCAGAACUGAGCUUUGUCUUGUACCCAAGAAAAGCUUCUACUCCCUGUAGCUAGCUGUUCUAGGCUUGGAAUUGUAACAAGAUCCCAUGCUCCUCUGAAGCCAUAAGUGCUAGUGCUUCUCCCUGCCUUGGAACUGUGACCAGGACCCUUGUUGACAAACAGCAGUCAGUUUUGUACACAGUGUCAGCUCAGGGUCCCUUAUAAUCUCUUUUUAACCAGUUCAAUCCUUUUGCCUGGACUGAGAGUUCCUGAAGCUGUUGCUGUUCCAGCUGCCUCCAGUGCUUACCGAUGUUGCUGCUAUGUGGACUCCAGGCUGGUCCCCCAUUCCUGGAUCACAGACUUUUCCUGUUAACCCUAUAAGUUGUCUCAUCCUGAAUUUUUGUUGACUACCCUAUGCCUGAAAUUAGUUUGACUUUUUAUUUUAAAACUAUUUGGAGGAUAAUAUUGGGAGAAGUGGCUCAAGUUGCUACCUCUACCAUCAUGGCUUCCUCACAUCCAUUCUAUUUUAAGUCUAUCCAGCCUAUCUAUCCAUCAACAAUAUCAAUAAUAAUGUACAUUUAUGUAGCACUUUACAAUGAACAGAAUAUCAUAUCACUUAAGAUCCUAGAGCCUGAGGGCUGGAAGCUACUUGAGAAAUCAUUUAGUCUAACCCCUUACCUGUAGAUAGACCUUGAAAGGACUGCUAUUUCCAUUUUAUAGGGGAAUGAACCAACCAAAUGAUUUAAAAUGACUUGACUAAAGUAAUAGCUGGAAGGAGCAGAACCAGGACUUUAGAUUUUGGUGUGCUAAUUUCAGGUUUAAUUUUUGCCACUACAUCAUUUAAUCUAAUCCAGUAAGCAUUUAUGCAUUACCUACUGUGGGCAAGGCACGAUAUUAGGUGCUGGAUAUACACUUACUUCACAGGGCUGUUGUGAGGAUCAAAUGAGAUAGCAUGUGUAUUCUCAUUGUUCAGUUGAGUUUUAUCCAAGUCUUUAUGACCCAUUUGGGGUUUUCUUGGCAAAAGUCCUGGAGUGGUUUGCCUUCUCCUUCUUUAGCUCAUUUUAUGGAUGAGGAAACUGAGGCUAUCAAGGUUAAGUGACUUGCACAGGGUUACACACCCAGUAAGUGUCUGAGGCCAUAUUGGAAUUGAGGAACAUGAGUCUUCUUGAUUCCAAGCCUAAUUUUGCAAAUCUUAAAUGUUAGGUGUUAUUAAUUGUCCAAAAAGACCACAUUCAUUCUCCAGUGUAGAGCAACACUUGCCUGCCAGCAAAUUACAAAUUAUCAGGGUCUGUAGUCCUUGCCUCCAGUGAACUUCUUUUACACUGAAAUGGGAAGAGACUGUUUGCACAAAGAGAUUUGAAUUACUGUGCAAUUGGUCCAGGGUGAAGUUUAAAAAAAUAUUUUGAAAAUUGUAUUUCUCCAUAAUUGGUUUACUUUGUAUUACCAUGUAUUUUAUUUUAUGCAUUUAAAGACAUUCUUCUAAAAAAAGGGUCCAUAAACUUCACCAGACUUCCAAAUGGGUCCAUGACACACACAAAAAAGUUUAAGAAACCAUUUUUAGUAGAAAAUCUCUCAGAAGUUUUUAAGACCAAUAGUUCUAAUAUAAAAAGGUGGGUUUUUUUUUUUUUUAGAGAUUGGAGGAGGACCCAUUAUAGAAGGUAAGGUAUCCAAGAAAGAGCAGAAAUAUGAUGAACACAGAGGGAUUUAAUCAAAAAAGGAGGAAGAGGACUCAUGUUAAGUCUGGCUUUGUAUGGGCAGCUUUUUCCUUAGUUUAGUACUUAUCUCCCUCCAAUGUUGGUCUCUUUUGAGUUCAGCCACUUUUGUGUGAAAACCACAUCUUUCCUUUUUAUAUCUUCCCUUCUACUCUUAGAUGUUCAAUCCCUGCUGAAGCUUGAAACUAGCUGUCAAAGCUGGGAAGGCCUUGUAGUCACAGAUGGCCUUUCCUUACAAGGAGGAAGUUGUGGCAAUUCCCCACUGUGGUGAUUUCAUUCUUUACAGCACAGUAGCCAAACAGAUCAGCAAACAGAUCAACUGGAAACUUCCCUGAGCUAGGACAGAGUUCAAAUAGCAUGGUCCCAUAUGCCUCACGUACUUCCAGGGCUGUUCAGAAAGCCCUGUUCCUUAUACUUAUUGACCCUGAUCUACCUUCCCUACAGUAGAAUGUUGCCCUCCUAAGGCAUUAAGGAUAAUUGUUGUUUAGUCAUUUUAGUUGUGACUGAUUCUUCUUGACCUAAUUUGGUGUUUUCUUGGCAAAGAUACUGUUUUUCUAUUUCCUUCUCCACUUCAUUUUAUAAAUAAGGAAAUUGAGGCAGACAGGGUCAAGUGACUUUCCCAGGGUCCCACAGCUAGUAAGGGUCUGAGGUCAGUUUUGAAUUCAUCUCUAACUGACUCUAGACCCAAUACUCUAUUUACUGAACCACCCCAGAUCCCCUUGGGAUUAUUAGAAUGUAGAAGCAGAGUGAUAAAUUUGGCCCCUUCAUCAUUGUUAAGAUGACAGAAAUCAUAGCAGCUGCCUCAUAAAAAUCUACAUGGGGAGAGGGGGGGCUACCUUGAUGAAUAAUUCCAAGUUCUACAUAAAUGACCCAUCUGCUCCUAAAAAAAAGUCAAGAGUAGAAACUUCCAUAAGAAUCAGGUUUGUGCGGAAUACUAUCAUUGCCCUAUUACUAUUUUAGCUGUGUUUUCAAGGAAAAAUCAUUCCUAUGUUGUUUGUUUCCAACUGCAGGGGUUACAUCAGGCAGUGAAUGGAUUAGGAUGGUAUUAUCAUAAAUUUAGGAGAAAUUAUGUCAAAGCAGCAAAAUACUGGCUAAAAGCUGAAGAAAUGGGGAAUCCAGAUGCAUCAUACAAUCUUGGAGUUCUUUAUCUAGAUGGCAUUUUCCCAGGGUCUUCUGGACGGAACCAAACAUUAGCUGGUGAAUAUUUCCAUAAGGCUGCACAAGGAGGACACAUUGAAGGAACCUUGUGGUGUUCCCUGUACUAUAUGACAGGCAAUUUGGAGACUUUUCCUAGAGACCCUGAGAAAGCUGUUGUUUGGGCAAAACAUGUUGCAGAAAAGAAUGGCUAUUUGGGGCACGUUAUUCGGAAAGCUCUCAAUGCCUACCUGGACAUGUCAUGGCACGAAGCUCUACUGUAUUCUGUCUUAGCAGCAGAAACUGGGAUUGAAGUGUCACAAACAAAUGUAGCUCAUAUCUGUGAGGAGAGACCAGAAAUGGCCAGAAGAUACUUGGGAGUUAACUGUGUUUGGCGAUACUAUAAUUUCUCUGUUUUCCAAAUUGAUGCCCCUGCAUUUGCCUAUUUGAAGAUGGGAGACCUCUACUACUAUGGCCAUCAGAACCAGUCAAAAGACCUCGACUUGUCUGUGCAGAUGUAUGCCCAGGCUGCCCUGGAUGGAGAUUCACAGGGGUUUUUUAAUCUGGCCCUUCUAAUCGAAGAGGGAGCUACUAUCCCGUACCACAUUUUGGAAUAUCUCGAGAUUGAUCAAACACUCCAUUCUAGUAACAUCUCAAUCCUUCAAGAACUUUAUGAAAGGUGCUGGAGCCAUAGUAAUGAAGAUUCGCUCAGUCCUUGCUCAUUAGCUUUGUUUUAUUUUUAUUUGCGGAUUAUCUGUAAUGGAAUUUUGCAUUCCACUCUGAUCUAUUUUCUGGGAACCUUUCUGCUGUCCAUAUUGAUCGCAUUGGCAGUCCAGUAUUUUCAAUCAGUCUCAGGCAGUGGUCCUCCAGCAUCCGUUUCACAUCUCUCUUCGGAAAUAGCCACUUCCAUUGCAAAUCCAGCCGUUGGUUCCUUGGAACAAGAAGAGGCCGUUCCUGCAAAUAAUUUAGAGCAGCGAGGGUGAAUUGCUGACUCUCCGUGUUUCCCUAGAUGAGAGAUGGAGCCUUUGGACCAUGGGUAUUUGAAAGCAGACAUUAGGAAUGCUGCAGCCGGGGCAUUUUAAUGCUAAAACUCUUGACCAGCUUUUGACUACUAGAAGUUAAUAUUGCACUUGAGUAAAUAUCUAUAUCUGCAUCAUAUGUAUAUUUAUGCCAAAAAGGCAUAAAUAUAUAUAUUAAAUAAGACCUAUAGGUAUAGAUAUUUAAGGCACAAGGAAGUAUCCAGAGCACAGAGUGCUUUUCCCAGGGGCAUCAGGCAAAUACAGCGGAACCGUCUUCCUGUGUUAGUAUUGGGGACAUGACGGAUGCCCGCUACAGUCUACAGGGUUAUGAAUGGCCCCUGGGACUCACUAUGGUUUUGUCAUAUUCCAGGGGUCAUCAUUUACCCGAGCUCCAUCUAAAUCCACUUCAAGCAAGCUAUGUUAUAAUGGGGUUCCGUCCUUUUGCAAUUUUCCCUCUAUGGAAGAAGAGGUGCCCGUGGCCCCUAAGGAGGGUCUAUAAUGUUUUAGUCUGUAGCAUUUUCGAGAAGAAGAGUCCUCACCACAGCGAGGCUGCUCCUGGAAGCACAAAUCCAGCUUCCUCUUUGUCUUGCCAUGCCUAGAGGAAACAAAAGGCGCCUUAAUUAGAGUUAAGUCAGAGUCGGUGUGAAAUACAGAAAAAGGAAAUGUCAUUGUAAAUUGGUUUACAUUUUUCUCCUUCAAUUUUUCUAGGAUCAUAGUGCUUAAAAUGCUUUAAUGAUAUUGCCGGAUAUGGUUUCUUCACAAUUGUAAACUUCAGAUGCCAUUUAGAAAUGAUUAGUAUUUAAGUGUAGUCUUCACCACCAGUUACCCAUUAGGAUAGAAGUAGGCUAUUGGAAUAUGCAGAAAACGAUCCUUUAGCUCCUAGUCUCCCUUGUGCCUGAUCCUUGGGUUUGGAGAGAUGUGUGCCAUGUUGUGUGUGUGUGUGUGCACGAGUGUGCAUAUGUGUGUAUAUGAGAGGAAGGGUAUACGUGUGUGUGUGCGUGUGUGUGUGCGUGUGUGUGUGUGUGUGUGUGUGUGUGUGUGCUAGGAUAAUUAAAUCAGUAAUGCAAUAUCGUGGGUCCAGUCUACUCUCUUUGCACUACUUUAUUUACAGUAGUAAAUAAAAUUAUUUUUAUACUGUUUA